GUAUUCAUUUUUAUUAUUUGUCGAGUUCCAUCCCCGGACGUAAAAAAGAUUUAAUAAUUUAUAAGAAAACAUAUGUUUAAGUUUAUAAAUAUUAAUUAAUAUAAUAAGAAAUCGUCAAAAAGUUCAUCGUUUAUAUAAAUUAAUAUUAUAGAUCUACGAAAAUAUUGUGUUGUAAAAAAGAAAAGCAAUAACGUAACAAAAAGUGUAGUACGAAGUGAAGAAGUUCAAAAUCAAUAAAUUUGCCAGACAACAAAAAUUAAUAUCAAUGAAAAACAUAAAAACGGCUUUUAUAUAAAUUUUCAUAUAUUUUGAAAGUAUAUGUAAACAUUGUUUUAAUUUAUAUUUAAAGUUUUGCAGUUGUUUCGCUGUUUCGCUGUUUGUGACUCCAGCAAAGCUACAAAUCUGCAAUAAUGCAACAUCAUACACAUGCACCACGUCCUGCAUUGCACAUGCGUGGUCAUCAUAUGCCGCCGAUGCAUGCAACUGCUGGUACUGUUGGUAACAAUGCGCCGGCAGCACGUAUGACAGCUAUGAAUAUUUUGCCACCACGGCCACAAGCUCAGUCCCAAACGAUACAAUCAACCAUUGCACCAAUACGACAAAAUCUAAUAAAAACACAAACAGUUCCACCGCAACACCAACAGAAACCGCCAGCGCUACAACAGCAGCAUCACCUCCAUAACAGCAUAAAAGCACCAACUGCAGCUCAAAGCAUGAUGCCACCUAAUCUUAGAGAGCAUCAUAAUCGUGUAAAUCAUCAGCAACAAAAUCAACAAACAUCGUUGCCCUCAACAACACACAUGCAAAAAAUAAGACAGCAACAUCAACAUAUAAAUAGCAAUAACAAUAUAAACAAAGGCAACCAUCAACAAAUUCAUCACCAAUAUAAUCAUCAACCGCGUAUGGCUGCGGCGCAACAGGUCCAGUCACAAACACAUAUACGACAUCCGACACACCAUGCGCAUCCACAGCAGCAACAGCAACAGUUGCCUCAGCAGCAGCAACAACAUGGGCAGUAUCGCAUGCCCAAUAUUAAUAACGUGAAUAUUAACAAACAUCCAAUAUCAAACAGCAACUCACAAAAUCACAUACAACAUACUCAGCCGCAGCCACAACCGCAACCGCAAUACUACACAGGCAAUAAACCAAGAUUUAACAAUAAUAAUGCAAAUAAUUAUACUGGUCAGAAACAGUUUUCACAAAAUCAAUAUCGCUUUGGAAAACAACGGUCCCAAAUGGCAUCUACAUCUGCUGAGGCUCCGCUGGGCGUUGCCAAAAUGCCAAAUAAAAAACCAGAUAUUCCAAGUACUGUAAAUAACAAUAACAAUAUUAUUAUCACCCCAGAUGCAACAUCCUCUACUGCAGUUGUAGACUGCAGUGAAACUCCAAACACAGCAGAAGAUCUGCAAAAGACGCAAGAAAAAAUCAUAGUUGAGGAACCACAACAACAACAACCAACACAACAACAAUCGCCGCCGCCACCUACAGAUAAUUCAGAUGAGUCUAAUAAAGAAAAUAUUUCCCUCGAAGGAAAUCAAGAGCCUCAAAAUAACAACAACAUCAACUUUACUAAUAACAAUCAUUCCAACAAUAAUAUUAUAAAUUCCAACAACAUCAAUAUACUUUCAGAUGAUGAUACAUCUCCUGCAAAGAAUUCAAAAGAAAAAACACCUAUGUGUUUAGUUAAUGAGUUGGCUAGAUUUAAUAAAAUUACACACCAAUACCGCUUAACAAACGAGAAAGGUCCACCACAUUGCAAGCGCUUUCAAGUCACUCUCAAGUUAGGUGAUGAAGAGUAUUCUGCUGAAGGUUUUAAAAUUAAAAAAGCUCAGCAUUUGGCUGCCGCUGAAGCAAUUGAAAAAACACGAUAUAAACAUCCUAUACCAAAACUAAGUCGUCGCACUGAAGAUGGUGCAUCUGCCAGAACGAAUAUAACACCAACUGUUGAAUUAAAUGCAUUGGCUAUGAAGUUGGGACAGCAAACCUAUUAUCUCUAUGACCCACGCCAAAUGCCAGGUAUUUCACCAGUAGACACAAUCCUACAACAAAACGAUAACGUUUUGCCAGCAUUUGUAACACCACUAAAUCCUCACAACUUGGCUCAGGCCCCACACCCAAGAAUGUUGGAGUCUUCAUACUUAAGACGUUCGUUUGUGCCACCACCAAUUCCUCACACAAAACAGCCACGCUUCAACACUCGCGGGUAUCCAAAAUUCACUCAACGUUUUCCACUCGUUCAUAAUCCUCACGGUGCUUUCCCGCCACCUACACUUCCAUGCAAAAUUACUUUAAUUGUUGGGAAACAAAAGUUUUUGGGCAUUGGGCGUACUAUACAGCAGGCCAAACACGAUGCCGCUUCACGUGCUUUACAAGUUCUUAAAGCACAGGCUACAAAUGAACUGAACGAAGCAAUGAAUACUUCUUUGGAUGAACCCGAUAAUAAAUCACCGAUAUCAGUAGUACAUGAAAUUGGUAUAAAACGCAAUAUGACAGUACAUUUUAAAGUCUUACGCGAGGAAGGUCCAGCUCAUAUGAAAAAUUUUAUAACAGCUUGUAUUGUUGGUAGCAUUGUUACAGAGGGCGAAGGAAAUGGGAAAAAAAUAUCCAAAAAACGUGCCGCAGAAAAAAUGUUUGAGGAAUUAAAAAAAUUACCACCAUUGACACCGACAAAAUCACCCAUUAAACGUGUUAAAGUCAAAACACCAGGCAAGACAACUACUACCAUUUCGACGCCCAACUCAAAGGGCAACGGAAGUGAAAAACGUAAACGUCUAGCGGUUAAGGAAAAAAUAGAAACAGAUAAUGAUGAUGAUAAUCCCAUAACAAAACUUAUACAGUUACAACAGAAUCGUAAAGAGAAAGAACCUAUAUUCGAUUUAAUUGCAAAAAAUGGUACUGAAAAUUCUCGAAGACGUGAAUUUAUCAUUGAAGUUUCGGCACAUGGCAUGGUGGCACGUGGCACUGGAAAUAAUAAAAAAUUAGCAAAGAGAAAUGCUGCUAAAAAUUUGCUAGCUAUUAUGGGAGAGAAUGAAAGUGAAAGUGAAAAUGAAAAAAUAGAAACCAUGACAAAUAAAUUAGAAUUUAGUAAAGUUACUAAUACAACAUCAAAUGUAUUAUCAGCUACCGCUAACGAAACUGUUGUGGAUGCAAGUAAAAUAAAAAUAAAUGAUGAACCAGUUAAAGAAAUAGUGGAGAAUCCCGAUUUACCAAUGGUAUCGACAUCAGCUGGUCAAUUACCUGGUAUACUAAUAGUGCGUCAAAAUAAGAAACCUUCAAAAAAGAAGGAAAAUGCAUUACAUACUUCAGAGGAAACUAAAGACACAAAAGCUGACGAUCCAACAUCAAAUGAACCUGUUUCAAAAACUACACAACCCAGUGAAAAUAGCAUUGAAAAGACUGUUCCAAAUGCAGCAGUGAUCGCGCCAACUGUGACCACAAAUAACACUACUAAUUCUGGUUCAUCUGUACUAUUAAAGGAUCAAUUAUUAUAUUUGGCAAAGUUACUAGGAUUUGAGGUAAACUUUUCAAAUUAUCCGAAAGGAAAUCACGAUGAAUAUCUUACAAUCGUUACACUAUCAACGAACCCACCACAAAUCUGUCAUGGAACUGGAACUAGCUGCGAAGAAUCUCAAAAUGAUGCAUCUAAAAAUGCUUUAAAAAUACUUAGCGAAUUAGGUUUGAAUAUUGCAAAAAAGUAAAACUUCAUUAACAAAUUCAACUGAUUAUGAUGAUGAAAACUUUCGCUGCACCGUCCACCAAAAAUAAUUAAAUUAUAAUGAAAACUGAGUGCAAAAUUUAUUUAAAUCCAAAACUAAACUGAAAAAUAAUAUU